ACGGUCGCGUGAUACCGAGAUAACAAACGUCGCCGCACCGACAACAAUGACCAACGGCGACUUUGCUGACAGGUUUUAGUGAGACGACGGGAUCAGCAACAGUAUUGAGAAUAACCGGAGCCGUGUGCCAAUCGUCAACGGUCGUUACACCGGUUCCGCGCGGUCACGGAAAUCGCUAACCGCCAGCCGCGCCGUACUUCUCCCGCGAGCACACGGCGUCGGUGACCGGUGUGAACGCAGCUGAAAAGCGCACGGCGUGUCGUCAAUCAACUGCGCGCGUUCGCACCAGCCCAAUAGUCGCCCGGUCCGCGUCCGCUGUGCACCAUGAAGUUCGUCCACGAGAUCAAGCAACGGUACGCAGCCACGAUUCAUAUUAGAUGUGAAGCAGAGGUCAAUGAUAAAAUUGAACAACUUGUAUUAGGAGGUUCAGAUAAAUUACAAAUAAUAUCAGAUUUUGAUCGAACCAUAUCAUGUUCAGAAUACAAUAAUAAACCAACCAUGAGCAGUUUUAGUGUGUUUGAAACAUGUGAUAGUUUGCCUGAAGAUUAUAAAGAAAAAGCUUUGGCCCUUUUAAAAAAAUACCGCCCAAUAGAAGAUGAUACUCAAAUGACUGUUGCUGAAAAGUUACCAUUCAUUGAACAAUGGUGGAGUGAGAGUCAAAAUCUGUUAACAGGCCUUUGUUUCCAGUAUGACGAUAUAAAAAAUUCCAUCAAAAGAGCAAACGUUAAACUUAGAGAUGGGUGUUCAGAUGCUUUUGAGAAAUUACACAAUCUAAAAAUCCCUGUUAUUGUUCUGUCAGCUGGUAUUGGUGAUGUCGUUCAACUCAUACUAGAGCAUGAAAAUUUGUUAACUGAAAAUGUAUCAGUCGUAUCAAACUUUUUAAAUAUGUCCAAUGACAAGAAUGGCUCAUCCAAAAUUCUAGGAUUUAAAGGAGAAAAACUAAUACAUGUAUUUAACAAAAAUGAACACGCAUACAUAGAUACACAUAAAAAUGAUACACAUUUAAGUGGAAGAUUGAACGUUAUCCUGUUAGGUGACUCAUUAGGAGAUGCAAACAUGGAUGGUGGUAUUCCAUACAAUACUGUGCUACGUAUUGGAUUUUUAAAUAGCGAUUUGACGGAACAUGAUAAUGAAUACUUGGAACAAUACAAACGAUCCUUUGACAUUGUACUAGUGCAAGACCAAACUAUGGGAGUGCUGAACUAUUUGUUGGAUGAAAUAAUUGGAAAAAAAUAGCAUCUUCUAACUGUACAUUGAGACAUAAUUGGAUUAAAAUGGCUAUUACCAAUCAUUGACAUACAUUAAUUUACAUUUAUAAAAUCUACUUUAUGUUAAAUCUAAUAUGUUAUAACAUUUUACUUGGUAAAUAAAAC